AUGUCCUGGCGUGGUCAAGGAAUCACGGGCUCCAACAACAUCCCCUUGGGCCGUCGUCGGUUCAACGGGGAGGAGGAGGAAGAUGAUAGUCGCGAUGCGACUCCUUUGUCUAUGCCCGAUGGUCCUAAGCGUGGCCGCAGCCCUGUUCGAGCGGAUCCUCCAGCAGAAGACGGUGUGAAAAGACGCAAGAAGCGCAACCGUUGGGGAGAUCAGCAGGAGAACAAGGCUGCUGGUCUUAUGGGCCUGCCUACAAUGAUUAUGGCAAACUUCACCAGUGAGCAACUGGAGGCUUACACCCUGCAUUUGCGUAUCGAGGAGAUCAGCCAGAAGCUUCGGAUCAACGAUGUGGUCCCAGGUGAUGGUGACCGAUCUCCCUCGCCACCGCCGCAGUACGACAACUUUGGUAGACGUGUAAACACCCGCGAGUACCGUUAUCGCAAACGCCUUGAGGAUGAGCGUCACAAACUGGUCGAGAAGGCUAUGAAGACCAUUCCUAACUAUAACCCGCCCUCUGACUACAGACGUCCCACCAAGACCCAAGAGAAGGUCUACGUUCCAGUGAAUGACUAUCCAGAGAUUAACUUCAUUGGCUUACUCAUAGGACCUCGUGGAAACACCCUGAAGAAAAUGGAGACCGAGUCCGGUGCCAAGAUUGCAAUUCGUGGCAAAGGCUCAGUCAAGGAAGGAAAGGGUCGGUCUGAUGCUGCUCACGCUAGCAACCAGGAAGAAGAUCUUCACUGCCUGAUUAUGGCCGACACCGAAGAGAAGGUGAACAAGGCUAAGAAGCUGGUUCACAAUGUCAUUGAAACGGUCAGAAAGAAUCCAAAAGAUUUCAUACGUUGGAGCAAACACUUACGAUAUUACCGGCAGGCUGCUUCUAUCCCUGAGGGUCAAAAUGAACUUAAGCGCAACCAGCUGCGUGAACUGGCUGCUCUGAACGGUACUCUCCGUGACGAUGAAAACCAGGCUUGUCAAAACUGUAAGAUGCCAUUAAGCUGGAUAUCAAUUAAAAUUGAUGCUAACAGUUCAAAAGGUGGCCAGAUCGGACAUCGCAAGUACGAUUGUCCCGAGCAGCGCAACUUUACUGCAAACAUCAUCUGUCGCGUUUGUGGCAAUGCUGGUCAUAUGGCUCGCGAUUGUCCCGACCGCCAAAGGGGUAGCGACUGGCGCAACAACGAAGGUGGCCGUGGUCCUCGUCCAAGUGGCACUGGCGAUGCUGUUGACCGUGAGAUGGAGCAACUCAUGAAUGAACUUUCUGGCGGUGCGCCUGGCGAGUACGAGCCUCGUCGCAUUGAGGCCGGUCCAGAGCAGGGUGGCUAUCCCCCAGCUGAAGACAGCAAUGCGAAGCCCUGGCAACAGCGCGGUCCUCCACCACAAGUCAGCGAUGUCGCUCCUUGGCAACAAAGGCGCGAGCACCGCCCCCGUGAAGAUUACGGUUCUCGCGACAAUGGACCUGCGCCUUGGGCCCAGCAAAGCCGAGGUGGCGACGCCGGUGGCUAUGGCGGCGGCGGCUAUGGAGGCGGUUAUGGAUCUCAGGCCGGAUACAAUGCCCCUGGCGCGGCUCCUGGUGCUGCUCCUUGGCAACAACAGGCUGCACCUGGUGGUCAGCCCGCUUAUGGAUAUGGAGGUUACGGUUAUGCCGCUCCAGGCAUGGCUGCUGCUGCUCCUCCUGGUAUGGCUCCUUGGUCAUAUGGCGCUGCUGCCCCUGGUGCUCCCCCCGGUGCUCCUGGUGCCGGCAGCCCUGCACCCCCACCUCCACCUCCCCCUGGUGAUGGACCCCCACCACCUCCUCCUAGCGACCAGCCCCCUCCACCUCCCCCUCCUGCUUAA